AUGGGGCAUGAACGUUCCCUUACACAAGUUAAGUAUAAUAAAGAAGGAGAUUUGAUAUUGUCAGUUGCCAAAGAUAGUUCAGCAUCUAUUUGGUAUUCAUCAAAUGGUGAAAGAUUAGGAACUUUAGAAGGACAUAUGGGUACCAUCUGGUCAAUCGAUGUUGAUUCUGAUUCAAUUUUAUGUGCUACUGGUAGUGCUGAUGUAUCAGCAAAAUUAUGGAAAGUUUCCACUGGGGAAUGUGUAUUCACUUAUCAAAUGAAAUCCCCUAUCAGAAGAGUUGCAUUUUCACCAAAUAAUAAAAACUUAUUAGCUGUAACUGAUAAAGUUAUGGGUCAACCAGGUUCUAUAUUAGUUUUUGAUAUAAAUUAUGAAGGUGAUUUCACCAACCAAAAUGCUGAACCUUCAUUAGUUAUUAAUACCAGAGAAGAUGCCACUAAAGUUACCGUCGCAGGGUGGUCAGCUAAUGGUGAAUAUAUAAUUGCCGGUCAUGAUGAUGGGUACAUUUCCAAAUACGAUGGUAAAACUGGUGAAUUCAUACAAACUGUUCAAGCCCAUGGUAUCCAUAAUGAAGAAAAAGUUGUCAGUGUUACUGAUAUUCAAUUUGCUCCAGAAGAUAAAUCAUAUUUCAUCACUUCAUCAAAAGAUAAAUGUUCUACUUUAAUUGAUGUUGAAACUUUUGAUGUAAUGAAAGUCUAUAAAGCUGAUGCUCCAAUGAAUACUGCUGCUAUAACUCCUAUCAAGAACUUUGUUAUUUUAGGAGGUGGUCAAGAAGCUAGAAAUGUUACCACCACUGCUGAAAGUCAAGGUAAAUUUGAAGCUAGAUUUUAUCAUAAAAUAUUCGUUGAUGAAAUUGGUAGAGUGAAAGGUCAUUUCGGUCCUUUAAAUACCAUUGCUGUCCAUCCUGAUGGUACCGGUUAUGCUAGUGGAGGAGAAGAUGGUUUCAUUAGAGUUCAUAAUUUCGAUAAAUCAUAUUUCGAUUUCGAAUAUGAUGCUGAAAGAACUGAAAGAGCCAUCGCUUCUGGUGCUACUUAA